CGGCGGCGGCAGCGGCGGCGGCGGCGGCGGGGGGGGCCCGGCUGGCGGCCCCGCGCACCGGAGCCUGGGCGGGCGGAGGAGGAGGGCGCGGAGGCGGGAGGGCGGCGCGGGGGCGCCCAUUUUCCUCCGUGCCGCCGGAGCGCCGGGCGGACCGCCGCUUGCCGGGGAGCAUGACUGUUGAAAAACGCCCCGCGGGCAGCAGCGCUUCUCGGCUAGACCCGGAGAUGGACGCGGAUAAGGGGAAGCAGCGCCAGUACUCUCAGAGCGAAGGCGAGACAGAGAGGGCUGCCAAAGUAGAGGCGUUCCCUAGAGAACUGUAGCUUGACUUAGCGGCAGUUUGGUAGGAAGUUGGAAGGCUAGUGAGCUCCGGGGCCUGGCGCUUGUACCCACCCGUGCCAUCAUCUACCUCCAUCACUCUGGAGCCGCCUCGACACGUCUCCCCCGGCAGCUGCGGCCACCUGGCUUCUGAGGCCAGCCUGAUGGCGGAGCCUCGCUUCAACAACCCCUACUUCUGGCCGCCCCCUCCCACCAUGCCCAGCCAGCUGGACAACCUCGUCCUGAUCAACAAAAUCAAGGAGCAGCUGAUGGCGGAGAAGAUCCGGCCGCCGCACUUGCCGCCCACCUCGGUGGCCUCCCAGCAGCCGCUGCUGGUGCCCCCGUCGCCCGCCGAGAGCAGCCAGUCCAUCAUGUCCCUCCCCAAGCUGCAGCAGGUCCCCGGCCUGCACCCGCAGGCCGUGCCCCAGCCCGACGUGGCCCUGCACGCUCGGCCGGCCACCAGCACCGUCACAGGGCUGGGGCUGGCGUCGCGGGCGCCCGCCGUCAGCACCUCCGAGUCGAGCGCGGGCACGGGCACCGCCACCCCCUCGACGCCCACCUCCACCAGCCAGAGCCGCCUCCUCGCCUCCUCGCCCACCCUCGUCUCAGGGAUCACCAGCCCGCCCCUCCUCGACUCCAUCAGGACCAUCCAGGGCCACGGCCUGCUGGGGGCCCCCAAGGCCGAGCGGGGCCGCAAGAAGAUCAAGGCGGAGAACCCCUCGGGGCCGCCCGUCCUCGUGGUGCCCUACCCCAUCCUGGCCUCGGGGGAGACCGCCAAAGAGGGCAAGACGUACAGGUGUAAGGUCUGCCCCUUGACGUUCUUCACCAAGUCGGAGAUGCAGAUCCACUCCAAGUCGCACACGGAGGCCAAGCCCCACAAGUGCCCCCACUGCUCCAAGUCCUUCGCCAACGCCUCCUACCUGGCCCAGCACCUGCGCAUCCACCUGGGCGUCAAGCCCUACCACUGCUCCUACUGCGAGAAGUCCUUCCGGCAGCUCUCCCACCUCCAGCAGCACACCAGAAUUCACACCGGCGACCGGCCGUACAAGUGCCCGCACCCCGGCUGCGAAAAGGCGUUCACGCAACUCUCCAACCUCCAGUCUCACCAGCGACAGCACAACAAGGACAAGCCCUACAAGUGCCCCAACUGCUACCGGGCGUACACGGACUCGGCGUCGCUGCAGAUCCACCUCUCGGCGCACGCCAUCAAACACGCCAAGGCCUACUGCUGCAGCAUGUGCGGCCGGGCGUACACCUCGGAGACGUAUUUGAUGAAGCACAUGUCCAAACACACCGUGGUGGAGCACCUCGUGAGCCAGCACUCGCCGCAAAGGACCGAGUCACCCGGCAUCCCCGUGCGGAUCUCGCUCAUCUGAACGGGGCUCCCGCCCGGCUCCGGGGGCACCGCGCCGACGCCGGACCCCCCCCUCGGCGCCGCCCCCGGCCCGCCACGCUUUGGGAAGGGGAGCCGACGGAUGCCGCCGCCGCCGCCGCGCUCCGGAAAGGCGCCCGGCCGCCCCGCGCCCCGGCCGGGCCCGGCUCCCCCAGGGCCGCGGUUUCGGUGACAUCCAAAGACGGUUUCAGAGCACUUUGAAUCUCUGCGGUUUUUUGGGGGGUGGGGUGGGGGGGUUCUUCUCUUUCCUUCGGUCCCUGCCCCUUUCCUUUACUGCUCUCAUUUUGGAUACAAAUAUAUAUAUAUAUUUAUUGGCCAAGAAGUUGGUGCUGCUAAAACAGAAACGAAAUAAGACACAAAAACCGCGGACAGAGGAAAACGCUGGAUGGCGAAGCGGGGAGAAACGCCGGGCCCGCGACCGUCGGCCUGUUCUCCCCUGGGACUCUCCGUUGGGAGCCGCGGCCGGAGAGGGGAGCCGGCGGGACUCGGGCCGAGCCGGCGGCCGGUGCCGCGGCGGGACGGAGACUGCUGUGCCGCGUCGUCUGACCUCUUUGGGACGCUUUGAUUGUGGUUUUUUUCUUUUUUUUUUACGUUGUUGGGUUUUUUCCCUUUGGGUUAUCCGCUCGCCGCGCUGGACCCCCGGAGGACUGGCUCAGCGCGGGGCUGCGAGCGCCGGGGGGGGGAGUGAAAGCAGCCCGGGGGGCGACCCGAGCCGUGCGCCGGGACCAGGGGAUUUCGGGAGCAGCCGUGGGAUUUUGGGACCCCGCUGGGCAAGGGCACCGCGCUCAGGGAGCCCCCAGCCAUGGGGCUCUGCCCGGUGCGGGGGUCCGAGGCGGCGAGGGGCCGGCCGAGCCCCCCAAAUCCCCGCUCCCCUGGGGCAUCGCUUUGCCGGGGAAGCCGGGCCCGUAUAAACCCCGCACGCAGAGACGGGCGGGCGCCGCUCCCCCCCCCUCUUUGCAGAAAAACUAGACAAAAAUCUCAUAUAUAUUAUGUACUCUUCGGUUCCGUUUUUGGAUAUUAACUGUGUUAUUUUUUUAUACACUUUUUAAGCCUUAACUCAUUGUUUUGCCAGGGUGUUUAUUACCUUCUGUUUAUUAAUUUGAUAUCCCGCAGCCUUCCCCCCCCCGUCCCUGCCUCUGGUUCUUUGUUUCCGAAUCGAUGUUGUACGAUACUCAAUAUUGUAAUCUUUUUUGUCAGCAUGUUAAUACUGUGUAAAUAGGCCUCUUAUACAUACUGUUAACACUUCUUUCCCCCUCCUCCCCUUCCCCCGUUUUGGGGCUUUUUUUAUUUUCCUCGGUGGAAAUCCAGGCCACAUGUCUCUAGAGCUAGUUAUUACCUUAUUAAAAAAAAGGAAAAAAGAAAGUGGGGAAAAAAAAGAGAAAAUGAAGAAAAAAAAAAAAAGAACAUCCCUCCCUCCCUCCCUGCCCUCUGUCUUGCAUUGUGGUUCACGGAAAGACGCGAGGAGGCCGCGGCCUUCGCCGGGAAAGUUUGCAUUUUGUCGGCAACGAAUUGAAACCUGCCAAACUGACGACCCUUUAAAAAGAAAAAAAAAGAUGAAUUUAAAAAAAAAUUGCUCUUUGUAUUUCUCUGUUGUGGAAGACAAAAAAAAAAAACGAAAAUAAACCUGUACAUGCAAACUUUG